CGAUCGAUAUACAGUCUCGAUAAAGGGAGACACACCGGCCGGUCGGGACGAAGAGGACGACGAAGAGGCAGGGAAAGAGAAGGAUGAGGGGAAGGAGAAGAAGAAGAGUCGCGCGGCAGUUUUAGAUCCGGUGAUAUAAGUGGCACGAUAUAUAAGUCGCUCGUUCGAUCGUUCGCGUCUUCGUCCGUGGCCGGGCAUACAUAAUCGGGUAACCGUUUACGUGACACGACACCGUGAGCCGAGUCCAUCGGCGACGAGCGAUACGGCGCCUCGGGAAAAAACACGGAAUUUCGAUAGAAACGGUCGAUCGGCUGCAGGAUACGGCCGGCCGUAUAUAAGCCGCAGAUGUAUCUCCCGUGCGUUUCAGUUGUCCGAAAACCCUUAUAAGUUCCGGUUGGUCUCUUCUUCUCCACGUCAGCGCGCCUUUUCCACCGACGAGCCCUUAUCCUUUUUUUUCUUUCUUCCUUCUCCUCCUGCCCUACUUGCCUCACGCGUUCUCCACACGCUCUUCCUCUUGCAUCCCCCGGAUUCGCUCCGUUCUCCAAUUUUCUACCUGCCGCCCGUUCCUCGGCCCUUCGGCUGUAGGUCUCGCAUACGCAUCGCACAUCGCUGAUGCAUACAUGCGUUUACAUAUUAACUAAACUGUACCGCGCCUUCAUCAUCGCGCUCUCCUCCCUAUCCCUCUCUUCCUCACGUCCUCUCGUUCACCGUACACUGUCGUUCUUGUCCUGUUCCUUCUCGUCAGGAGUCCACCUUGCCCUUUUUUGUCCCGGCUACCGGCGAACGCGCGCGUCGUCCUCUUCGCCAGUAGCUUCCUCCCUCUCUCCCUUCUUUCACCUUCCUCCAACCCGUCUAACUCUUUCUCUUUUUCUUCCCCUCUUUCUAACUCCCGUCCUCGUCGCCGUUUCUGGCCGUUUUGCUUUUGCACGCUCUUGUUUAUCUCUCCUGCAACGAGAGCGCGCGAUCUCGCCUGUGUGCAUUCCCGCUGUUGCAAUUGAAAGGAGCUACGACUCAUGAGGACCCACGCGUCUAUUUGCACGUCGAAAUAAGGAAGUUGAAAGAAAGAAAUCGCAAGAGACCGGGAGAAGAGUGACAAUGUUGGAAUGGUGCGUCGGGAUCGCCCUACUGGCACUCCUCGUCUACUUUGCGUAUUUCUUCAAAUUCAACUGGGUGAAAGAUUUGAGACGCCGGACUGGGACGCGGCAGACCGGCGGCGUUUCCGCAGAUAGCAAAAGUCGGAAGAUUGGUAAACUACCGCCCGUCUAUCCGAAUGGAUGGUUCGCCCUGCUCGAGAGCUCGCAGAUAAAAAAGGGUCAGGUAAAACACGUGUCUGCCCUCGGCGAAAAUUUCGCGGUGUUCAGAACCGAAAAAGGCGUUGUCAACAUUUUAGACGCAUAUUGCCCGCAUUUAGGGGCAAACAUGGCCGAGGGUGGCCGUGUCAAGGGAGACUGCCUGGAGUGUCCCUUUCAUAGCUGGACAUUUCGCGGGGAGGACGGCUACUGCGAGAGCAUACCUUAUACGGAAAAGGUGCCACACAUCGCUCGAGCGAAAGUCUGGAAGUGCUGCGAAGUGAAUCGCCUCAUCUUUGUUUGGUACCACUCGGAAUCACUUGAGCCGGAUUGGCAACCCCAGCCACAAAUAUGCAUUUCCAACGGGGCCUGGCGCUACCAAGGUCGCAAUGAGUUCCUCGUUAACUGUCACAUACAGGAAAUAGCUGAGAACGGGGCUGAUCCUGCGCAUCUCAACGCGGUGCACGGUCCGGCUAUGUUUCUCUCCGGCAACCUUUCCUGGUUGGCUCGACACUUGUGGAUCACCCACGCGGGAUGGCGACCGCACGACAAUCAGACGGACGAGGAUGAAGCAGAGGCGGCAAAGAUGCGCGCCAAAUUGAAUGGCGUGUCGAUCCACCCGAUCGAGAACGGCAACGAGGAUCAUCGUCAUCUCGCAGUCGCGGAGAACGGCUUCGGCAGAAGGGAGAAACACAAGGCCGGUCUACACAUGUGCCACAAGUUUAUCCUGCUGGAGCGCUUCAGCGUGUUGGAGAUCGACGUGCGUGCCACGCAGAUCGGGCCUAGCUACGUCGAGAUGAUGAUCGACACGUCACUCGGGCCUAUGUGCAUCUUGCAGACGGUGACGCCGAUCGAGCCGCUACUUCAACGGGUGACCCAUCAGAUCUUCUCGCCGCCUCUGCUGGCACCGUACGCCAAUCUGAUCUUCCUGGGCGAGUGCGUGAUGUUCGAGCGCGACGUCAUGAUCUGGAAUUACAAGAAAUACGAACGGCAGCCGAUUCUGGUGCGCGAGGACCGUGCCAUCCUCGCGUACCGCCGUUGGUACUCGCAGUUCUACUCCGACCACAGUCCCACCUAUCAAAUGGCCAUGAAGGACCUGCAAUGGUAGCGAUAGCUCCUGUUUGAAAUGUAACUCGUGUACUUUCUGUUAUAUUUCCAGAUAUUAUUUUUAUUAUAUUAAAAGAGAUAACUUA